AUGCACAUGCACGGCCUCGUUCUCCCUGUUAUCAGCACCUUUGUUUUCGUCCAUGCUGAGUCGCUGAAUCGUAGUGACCAAGCACUAAUUGCUUCCAACCUCAGACCUGCACUCCCUUCGGACAAUUCAGCGUCCAACCAGCCAGGACAUCGACAGCCCGAAACAAACGGCUCGGCUGUGGACAUCCCUACGCCUCUAGCUCCAGGACUAAAUAUCUCUGCGGAAGGAGAGUUUGGCCGCAACGAGCACACGAACGAGGAGCGACUUAACAUUCCGUGGCACAUAACACCAGAUUGGAUGAUCAAGCUCAGAAUGAGCAACUGGCUUCGAUCCAAAACACCGCCCGAUAUCGCUUGUAAACGUCUCGGUCUCACGAAGGGACCAAUUGAUCUUCGGGUCUUCGCUUUCUGGCUGUACUAUGUCAAUCGUUUCGAGAAAAAGGUAGGACUUUCAUGCCUCGAAGUGUUUGAUAAAUACAACAAGCUGACGACGGAGAGAAGCGUAGAAGAGGUGGCCGCGAUACUAAAAUCGCUUCGGAGAGUCAAACGCUUGGAAGGAACGGCGCAGCUCUUGCACAGGGCGUUGGCGGAUAGUCUCAAGAUGGAGCUGAAUACGAUGACUAGUGCAUGGCAGCAGUCCGGAUGGACCCCAAAGGAAGUUUUCGAGGUUUUCGAGCUGGGCAAAAAGGGAAAUCUCUAUGCGGGACCAGGGCCUGCAAUUCAGUGGCUCCAAUUCACUGAGCUGUUGAGAACGGAAGGUGAUGCGCGUCAGAUACCUACUGAAGACGCGGCGCAGCUUCUGAUUGGAAAUCGAUUCAGCAUCGAGAACUCGGAACAGUUCAUCAAAUACGUUGAGCAACGGCCAUUGAUAUCGCACCUUGGUGGAUCGCUUCGUCAAGCUCUCGAGGAGCGCAAGAAAAGUGGUGAGAGUUUGAUUCGAGCUGCGGAGAACACCAAACAUGCUCUUCUGUCGAACACGUUAGAGUGA